CGACAGUAACUGGGUGGAAAAAGAGACAAAGGAAAGCAAUGAUUUAACUUGAUAUUUUUAUUUUGACGAGAUUGCAACCAGGAAGAAAACUGUCUUCACACUCUCGUGAGCCAAUAUUGUCAAAGGUUCAGGACAUAAACUUUGAGCCUUUUCUUGAUUCCUCUGUGCAACUACGAGUUUAAUUUUGGAUAAACAACAAGGUAAUGUUCAGAACUGUUUUCAGGUGUCUGAGGACUCAACCUGUGGCUGGCCAAAGAAGCAUGUCACAAAGCAGUCUCACUGGAAAGGUAGCCAUCGUCACUGCCUCCACAGAUGGGAUCGGUCUGGCUGCAGCUCAGGCUCUGGGUAAACGGGGGGCUCACGUGGUCGUGAGCAGCCGGCGGCAGGCCAACGUGGACCGAGCGGUGUCUCUGCUGCAGAGCCAGAGCAUCCAAGUGAUCGGAACCACUUGUAACGUGGGCAAGGGAGAGGACAGGGAAAAGCUGGUGCAAAUGACUCUGGACAAGUAUGGAGGCAUCGACAUCCUGGUGUCCAACGCGGCGGUCAACCCUUUCUUCGGAAACAUGUUGGACUCCACAGAGGAAGUUUGGGACAAGAUUCUGGCUGUGAAUGUGAAAUGUUCCUUCCUGCUGACCAAGCUGGUGGUGCCUCACAUGGAGAAAAGAGGAGGGGGAAACGUGAUAUUUGUGUCGUCUGUGGGAGGAUACCAACCGAUGCCGGCGUUAGGACCUUACAGCGUCAGUAAGACGGCCUUGCUGGGCCUGACCCGGGCCCUGGCCCCCGAGCUGGCUCAGAGUAACAUCAGGGUGAACUGCGUGGCUCCCGGAAUCAUCAAGACUCGCUUCAGUGAGGCGCUGUGGCAAAACGAAGACAUCAUGGACGAGUUCAAAAAGCAGCUGUGCAUUAAAAGAAUCGGACAGCCAGAGGAAAUUGGAGGAGUGAUCGCGUUCCUUUGCUCCGACGAGGCAUCCUACAUCACCGGAGAGACCAUCACGGCGACCGGCGGGAUGAGCUGUCGGCUGUGAAGCUGCCGCCACUCAAAGCUGAACUGCACUAAUUUUUGAUGACAUUUUGAUUACUUUCAUAAUAUACCUCUGAAGUGCUGCAAUAAAGUUAAUACAAAAGAAUGAUUGAUCAAUCCAAACACAGCAGCUAAGUUCCAACUGAUAACACAAAAUUAUAUUUUAUAUGGAAAAAGCUUGAUUUCUGAUGCAGGCACGAGUAAAUUCUCAAAUAUUUUCAUGCAGGACAAGUACCAGAAAAGUGUUCAAAAAUGUUUUUAGAAAUAUUAAAGCUAUAAAUGGACUGUAAAUCUACUGCAACUCAAGAUCAGAGCUGUUUAACUGAUUUGUCCAACUGACGGCAUUGAAAGAAUGAAGAGGAGUUGACUGUCAUAUCCAAAACUUUAUUAACAGAUAUUCCAUGUACGGUCAAGCCUUCAUUCACAAAUAAAAAGUUGCAUGAU